AUGGAUACCAAGCUUUCAAAUUCUGCUGACCAGAUUGCGACGACCUUUGAGUACAUGGAUUCAUUGAGCCAAGCUGGCAGCAGAAGUUCAAGGGCAACAAGCGUUGCAUCGGGUGCAUCAUCAGCAUCCAAUGCUAGGCUCAGAGCAUCAGCCGAGAAAGCUGCGUUGCAAGCAGAAAUUGCAACAGAGAAUAGAAGACAGGCUCUGGAAGAGGAGGAGCUAAAGCUUCGUCAGCGACGGCGGCAGAUCGAGUUAGAGACAAAGCUAGCGAGAGCUGCUGCUAUAGAGAAAACAUUUGCUGAGGCUGAAAAUGAUUAUGAUGUUAAGAAUUCUACACCAUUGGUUCAGCCAGUCACCACACACCACACGACACCAAACCGAGUUCCCAAAGUAAACCAAGAUGAUUCUUUUCCAAGUUCGGGUUCAACCACCAUACCCUCACUUAGCACACCGGUCGGAGACACACCUAGCAACUUCACUCAUCUCGUGAAAGCCAUGCAGGUACAACAACAGUCCUUGGUAGAGACCCUCCAAUUGCCAAAGACUGAGCUUAUGACUUUUGACGGAGAUCCUGCAAGUUACUGGGUGUUCAUCCGGGCAUUCGAGAAUGCUGUAGAAAAGGACACAAUUAGCGAUGCUGCAAAGUUGGCUCGUCUCCAGCAAUACUGCACUGGUGCUGCGAAGAAACUGAUACAGUGCUGUGCAGUCAAGACACCACCCGAGGGCUAUGCUCUUGCAAGAAAGCUUCUGAAGGAAAGGUUCGGAAAUGAAUAUGACAUAGCGGAGGCAUGGAUCAACAAGAUCGUUAAUCGCCCUGAUAUUCGAGACAGCAGGGCACUUUUAGAUUUUGCUGAUGACUUGAGAAACUGCCGGGAGACGCUAGACACCAUGGACAAAUUGUGUGAGCUUAACAACAGCAGAAGUUUGGCUCAGAUGUUGGAGAAGCUACCCUGGGAUGUUCGCAAGGCAUGGCUGAGAAAGGUUUACCAUAUUAAAACUGUUGAAUCCAGGUCCCCUACUAUAGAUGACGUCGUCAAUUUCGUGCAGAUUUCAGCACAACAAGCAAAUGACCCAGUCUACAGCAAGCUCGUGAGCAGAGACCGGGCUGACAAAUCAAUGAAGGAUGUCAAACGCAAAGAUACUUCCGUGUCAAAACCCCGCUCCAAUUUUGUGACACAAGUAGAGACAGCAUCCUCCCCUCAACGCACUAACGAUAAGGGGACAUAUCGAAAUGCAGAUUGGCAUGCAAAUGCAACAUCAGAAGUGAGUGCUAGAAGUAAUACACCUCCACGCUCCUGUUGGUAUUGUGGAAGAGGACAUGGUCUGUUCGGCUGCGAUAGCUGGAAAUCCCUGAAAGUCCCCGACAGACUGAAUUUUGUGCAAACAAAGCGACUGUGUGUCAACUGUCUGCAACCAGGACACAGAGCCCGAGAUUGUUCGAGAGAUGCAGUAUGCACUGUUCCUGGAUGUGGUUUGAAACAUACCAAGUUCUUACAUCUCACCCGCACGGGCAACCCAUCAACACCAACAAGUGUUUACCCUGUGAAGCAAGGAGAUCAGCUCAUAAAUAAUGCUGUUCCUGUCACCGUCAAUGCUGUGCCAACAACUGCCUCAGCCAAUGCAACUUGCAACACUUCUGGGGCCGGAAGUGGAAGGAUAGCCCUACCCAUAGUUCCAGUGAAAGUACGAAGCCACAGAAGUGCUACUAACUUUGUGACGACAUACGCUCUACUUGACAGUGGAUCAACGCAGACUUUCUGCUCAGAAAAGCUAAUUAAUGAGCUUGGAGUUAAUGGAAAACCAGACACCAUGAGGCUGACAACCUUAGACAAUCACGAUAUCCUCACUGAAACUCGCAUUGUACAUCUUGAGGUAACUGACAUGUGUGAUGAAAAUCUGGUUGUCAUGACACAUGUUUUGACAAGGCCAAAACUACAGAUGGGCAUCAGCACUUUGAUAGAUCAAAAGGAGAUCAACAAAUGGUCACACCUAAGCGAUAUAAUCUUGCCAGAUGUAGAUGCUAACAAUGUACACUUGCUCAUAGGCCAAGACAACCCCUCUGCUUUAAUUCCGAAAGAAGUCUUGGAAGGAGGCGUUGGAACACCCUAUGCGACACGCACUAAAUUGGGAUGGACUCUCAAUGGCCCAUUUGAGACUGGACCCCUAAGCCGUUCAACUUCUUUCUUCAUUGAAACAGACACAAGUCUACAGCAACAAGUAGAAAAGUUCUGGAAACUGGACGGCACUGGAGGUGAUGAGAGAGGUAUGUCAAUCAGUGAUAAGAAAGUUAUCUCUAUCUGGGAGCAGUCAUUGUGCCGAGAUGGAGCACACUAUAGCAUGAACAUUCCCUUUAAGAUGCGCCCACCUCAACUACCUGACAACAAGGCAGUGGCCGAACACAGACUCCGUCUGCUGGGGAGACGACUAGGCCGAGACUCCGACAUGAAGGAGAAAUACAUUGCAGGCAUCCAAGAUUUGAUGAAUAAAGGAUAUGCAGAGGAGGUACCCCAGCAGGAUCUGAACAGAGAAGAUGGAGCAGUUUGGUAUUUGCCACACCAUCCGGUCCUUCACCCACGCAAACCAGGAAAGGUGCGCAUAGUGUUCGACUGUGCUGCUCGUUACCGAGGUGUGUCACUCAACGACAAGGUUCAUCAGGGCCCAGAUAUGACAAACAAGCUAGUGGGAGUGUUGAUUCAGUUCCGGCAAGAGACCAUCGCCCUGAUGGCAGAUGUUGAAGGAAUGUUUCACCAGGUGCACGUGAAUAAGCCUGACCGCGACGUUCUGCGUUUCCUGUGGUGGACCGACAACGACAUAAGUGGGGUUCCUACUAAGACGUUUCGUAUGACAUCUCACUUGUUUGGAGGCAUUUGGUCACCAAGCUGUGCAACCUUUGCCUUAAAGCGUACAGCACAAGACAACAUGGAGAGUUUUGACGCCAACACCAUAGACACCAUAGACAAAAACUUCUACGUCGAUGAUUGCCUCAAGUCAGUCGCUACAGAGCAAGAAGCCAUCAGCCUUGUUAGACAGCUUCGUGAGGUUUUGGCCUCCGGUGGAUUUCGUCUCACGAAGUGGAUUAGUAACUCCCGGGAAGUCCUGAGGUCAGUUCCUGAAUCUGAACGAGCGAAGGGAGUGCCAACAUUGGACCUGGACCAGACACUUCCUGCCGAGCGAGCACUGGGUGUGCUAUGGGACAUCGAGUCUGAUGCCUUUACAUUCAAUGUGAGUGUGACAGAGAAGCCGUUGACACGACGUGGACUGCUGGGAACAGUGAGUUCUGUGUACGACCCCCUAGGUUAUGCCAGUCCGUUUGUACUCACUGCUAAAAUACUUUUCCAGACAUUGUGCAGAAUGAAAAUUGGAUGGGACGAUCCAAUCCCAGACUCCAUCAAAGAGCAGUGGAUCCGGUGGAUGGCCGAUUUACCACUCCUUCAGAAGAUAUCAAUACCACGUUGUGUCAAGCCACUAAAUUACGACACCAUCACUUCAGCGCAGUUACACCAUUUUGCGGAUGCUUCUGAAAGGGGUUUUGGAGCUGUUACUUACCUGCGACUUCAGGAUUCCAGUGGUUUGGUACAUUGUGUGCUGCUCAUGGCCAAAGCAAAGCUGGCACCUCUGAAGACAACAACAAUUCCCCGCCUUGAACUUGCUGCCGCAGUCAUUUCUGUCAAGCUUGAUGAAACAAUGCGUCGUCAUCUUACACUACCAUUGCAGGAGACAGUCUACUGGAGCGAUAGCAUGAUUGUGUUGCAGUAUUUGAGAAAUGAGGAAAAGAGAUUCCAAACCUUCGUUGCCAACCGUGUGUCAAAGAUACUGGAGCAUUCCACACCGCAGCAAUGGAAGCAUGUUGAUACGAGCUCCAAUCCAGCAGACGAUGUCUCCAGAGGACUUCAAGCACAGCAGCUCAUUGACAGCAAACGUUGGCUUCAUGGACAACAAUUUCUUCAGCUCGAGGAAGAUAAAUGGCCCAAUCAACCUGAAUUUGACAAGAUGACUCUGCCCGUAGACAUGGAGCUUAAGACAGUUACACAAGUCUACUCAGUCGAGGCAACCACUAAUACACCUGAGGCUGUAGACACCCUAUUGGAGAGAUAUUCCUCAUGGUACCGACUUAAAAGAGCAGUCGCAUGGAUUCUCCGUGCCAAAGCCAUUCUUCUUGCCAGAGUGAAGAAAACAGACUGGGACUUCAAGCCUUCCCGGUAUUUGACUGUCACAGAGAUACAAGCUGCUGAGAAAGAAAUUAUCAGACGAGUUCAGCAGGCCAACUUUGACGACACCCUUUUGAAAUCCGGUGGCUACUGCAAGCUGAACCCUACAAGGUCAGGUGAUGGUAUAAUCCAAGUUGGCGGACGACUAGCCAAUGCUUCCUUCACCGACAACAUCAAGCACCCUUGGAUAUUGCCAACAAGACAUCCGCUGACAACCCUGAUAAUAAGGCACUACCAUACCAUUGCUUGUCACUCUGGAAUUGAACGUACUCUUGCAGAUAUCCGUCAGAAAUUCUGGAUCAUCAAGGGACGUACAGCUGUGAAGAAUGUCAUCAAUUCAUGCAUCCCAUGUCGCAAGCAGAGGGCACCUAUGAUGACACAACAAAUGGCAGACUUGCCAAAAGACAGAGUGACUCCGGAACUGCCCCCUUUCAGUAUGGUAGGAGUAGACUUCUUCGGUCCUUUCAUGGUAAAGCGAGCUAGAAGUAUGCAAAAGAGAUAUGGUUGUAUCUUUACAUGUCUUGCCACCAGGGCAAUUCACAUUGAAGUGAGCCAUAGCUUGGACACGGACUCCUUCAUCAACGCAAUGCAGCGAUUCAUCAGUCGUCGGGGAAAGCCAGUAGAGAUUCGUUCAGACAACGGAACAAAUUUUGUUGGAGGUAUGCGAGAACUCCGUCAAGCCAUCCAGGAAUGGAACCAACAUCAGAUUGACAGCUUUCUGUGCCAAAAGGAGAUUCAGUGGAUCUUCAAUCCGCCUGCAGCCAGCCACUUCGGAGGCGUUUGGGAGCGGCAGAUUAGAACAGUUCGAACAAUUCUCAACAACUUGCUUCAUCAGCAGACACUCGAUGACGAAGGGCUCCAAACACUCAUGUGCCUUGUCGAAGGGAUAGUUAACGGACGACCCAUCACCAAGCUGUCAGACGAUAUGCGAGACCCGAUGCCACUUACCCCAAAUCACCUGCUGCUUCUUCGUUCGGGUCCUCAACUACCACCAGGCAAAUUUGUGAAACAAGACAUCUACAGGAGACGUUGGCGUCAAGUACAAUAUCUGUCUGACAUAUUUUGGCAGAGAUGGCUCAAGGAGUAUCUUCCACAGCUGCAGGAGAGGCAGAAAUGGCUCCAUCCUCAACGCAACGUUCGAUCUGGAGAUCUGGUGCUUGUUAUGCAUGAAAACACCCCAAGACACCAAUGGCCUCUAGGACUUGUGAGAGAAACCUUCCAAGGCAAGGACGGCAAGGUCAGAUCCGUACAGUUGAAGACACAGUCAGGAGUUUACACCCGACCCAUAGAUAAGCUGUGCCUCCGAGAGGGUGAAGAGAUGUAG